AUGUGUCUUCCUUCGAAAGAACUUAACUGCGCGUCUUGUUGGUACCAAAUAGCUUCGCAAGACGUUUUCAUCCACCGAGAAGAUAAUGGGAAAGGCGGUUCUUAUUGGUGGUUCGUCAUCGGAGCCAUACCAGUGUCCACGUUUUUGCUGGUGACGAUCCCCAUUGCAGUAUUCCUCCGAAGUUUUGUCGGCUUUGACAGAGUACGUCUAUGUGAGACGAGGGCCUGCAGAGAAGCGGGAAAGUUUUACGAGUCCAUGAUUGACAAGGGACGCGUAGAUCCGUGUGAAGAUUUCUACAGUCACGUGUGUGAGAAAUGGAACCGAAACGCCCGAAUCCCGCCCUUCUCGCGCAAGUACUCAUUCGACGACUGGAUCGUUUCUGACAUCGAAAAAACUAUCUAUACCGAAGUGGAAGCUUCCAUCACAGAGCAAGGACAGAUCAUGAAUCAAAUGACCCAUAUACCGGUGCGCAAAUUCGAAGCCAUUUUUGCAGCUUGCCAAAACGCAGAAAGAAAUGGCAGUACCGAGGACAUAAAAAAAGUCCCGUUGAUUUUGGGCCUGGAACAUUUCCCGUCCCUGGACCCCGAAGGCGACCCCAAGAUCUCGGUGAUCUCCGGAAGGCUGGCCAAGGACUUCGGCCUCUUUCCUCUUGUCAGUGUCGGGCUCCGAGUGGACCCGGAGGACUACUCCAAAGUCAUCAUUUAUCUGGAGGAGCCUGAAACGACUGCACUACCCAAAUUCAUCCUGUCCACAACGGAGUCUUCGAACUGGCUUCGACAAAGCGUCUGCGAUGCCAUGCUCACGGUGUACGGUAUCGUUCCCACAAACGACCAGUGGGACACGCUUUGCGACAACAUUCAAGCGUUUGACAUUGACCUCAUCAAAAGGCUUCGUUAUGCAGAAGGACACCGUCCAGGAGAUUACUUCGAAAAGAAAGUUUUAAAACUGAAGGAACUGGACAACUCCUUUUAUUGGAACUGGAUGACCUAUUUGAAAACUAUUUUCGAAGGAACAUCAAUUACCAUCGGGCCACAGACUAAGGUCCUUGUGGGAAACGUGAAGUACGUUGCCGGAAUGGCACGUUUUCUGCAAAAACAGUCCAAGGACGUCAUCUACAACUACCUGGGAUAUCGGGUGCUGCUGCGUCUUGGCCUGCUGUACCGGACUCACGAGAACCACGUGAAGACACUCUACUACCGCUACCAUUUGGGCUACAAGACGGAGCCCGAGCGCUGGCGGCUGUGCCUGCGCUACGCCGAGAGGAGCAUGCCCAUGGCCGCAUCCUGGAUCUACCACAUGUGGAUUAAGAAGAAGUUUGGCCUCAAGGGGGACAAGCUCUGGAUUAAAUUCUUCAAUGUCUACCGAAAGUUGUACGAGAGCAUCGACUACUCUUACGCCUACAGCUACUUGACGACAGCUGACGCACGCGUGGAGGCGUAUCGAAAGCUAAAAGAUGUAAGAGUUCAGCUAUUCUUCAUCAACGCAACCAUGACCGACCCUCUUCUCAACCUCUAUGGUGGUCAGGAAACUAAGAUAAACAUCAACACUCCGGUUCCAGGGAUAUAUGAGAUGACCAAGCACUACUGGAACAAAUACUUCAUGAUUCCUAAAAACGGUCACGAGUUGGACAUUGCAUACACUGGCUCCAUCUUCGACAUUUACAGCACCUAUCACUACGAUUUAAACUCUUUGUACAUUUCUCACGGUUCCUUCCACGGACCCAUGUACGCUAGAGACAAGAACUUGGUACUGGAUCUCGUAAAAAGUGGAUAUCGAAUUGGGCGCAAUUUGCUGAAAGCCAUUGACGAAAGAGGUAUCUAA